AUGUUGGUAACAGCAUACAAUUUUUCAUUGAAUCAUUCUCUUCCGCAAGGCUUAGUGACGAUCAAUAAGUUUGAUGGAAGUUCUCCAGCCUUAGCUAGUUCAACAACAGGAGGUAAGAUCUUAAUUCACACUCCUCAUUCAAAGGAUGAGAUGGAUCCUGUACUUGGCUUGAAGGGAAAGGAUAUACAGUAUCUCAAUGUGAAUAAGGAUGUGGUAUGCCUGUCGGGAGGACAGCUUAACCCCACAAUUGACAGAGACUUACUGAUGAUCGGAUCUAAAACAAAUUUAUUGGUCUAUGACGUUAAUGAAAACUCAGAUGUGUUUGAUAAAGAAGUAGAAGAUGGUAUAAAUUGUAUGCUUUUCGCGAAGGAUUUUAACCCAGCUUUCCCCCUUGUCCUCACCGGAGGAAAUCUUUCCCUCACAGGUUUUGACAUCUCCUCAGAUGAUCAGUUCUGGACUGUCACUGGAGAUGUUGCCAAUACCAUGGAGAUCCUUGAUUUCGACCUGGAUCAGGAAAAAGAGCUUCUUGUUGGAAGUGACGAUUACUCCAUUAGGGUUUACAAAGGAGAGGAACUUAUUUUUGAUAUUAAUGAAGAGAGUAAAAUCCAGUUCUUAUCUAAGAUACAAAAUACUUCAUUUGCAUAUUCUCUUAACAAUGGAUCCUUAGGAGUAUAUUCUGGCUCACAGCAAAAAUGGAACAAGAGAGUUGAUAAUAAAAUCUCUGCUCUCCUCGGAGUCGAUUAUGAUAUGGAUGGAAGUUGUCAACUCAUGGUGGGAUACCAAAGCGGUAAAGUUGAGGUCAGGAAAUCUAUUGAUGGUGAGGUUGCUCAAACCACAAACAUGGGAGCUAGUAUUUCGAAAAUAGCGUAUGAGGACUAUAGACUUGAAGGAACCCCUCAAGUUGUAAUUUGUAACACUGAUGGUGAUAUAAAAGGAUUUAAUAUUACCAAUAAUGCAGCUGCCUUUGAGACCAAUAACACAGGAGGAAAACAAACUGAUGCUGCAAUCAAUAAGCUGACUAAAGAGAUCAUGAAGCUUGAAGCAGAUUUAGAUAAGGAUAAUUUCGAAAAGAAGGAAGCUGAUGCUAAAAACUUAGCAUCUGUAGUUCCAUCAGAAUUUAAAUGAAGCAUUAUUCAAUCAACAGUUGACGAAUCAGCAUGCUUAAUUUUUGAAGUAGACGCUGGCCUUGUGAUCCGUUCUGUUUUACUGUUCUCUGAUAUUUUAUUUGAAAAUGGAAGCUAUGUCUCUUGCCCGAUGAAGGGAACUAAUUCUAUAACAGUCCCUAUCUCCCCAUCAAAAAGUGUUGAAUGAGAAGUGGAUUGUAAGAUAAUUGUAGGAAAUUCAGUCUCAGCAGAAGAUUUUAUGACUUUGCAUGAAACUGUAGUUUUCAAAAAGUUCAGCCUUUUCAAAAAUAUCGAGUUUAGCAAGGAUUAUUCUGAAGGGAAAGCCCCUGUUAAUGUUGUAUCUUACAGAAUGAAAGAGAGACCUAACAGAAUUCUUCUUUGGGCUCAGAAAGUAUUUAACUUGAAUACAGAACAGGAGGGAUACGUUAUAAAUAAGUCUGAUUCUCUAGAUGUGAUGUUCCUUCAUGUUAAAACUCAGAAGCAGUUGAUAAUUCAAGCUCGGAUUGAGAGUAGUGGAAUGAUGUUUCAAAUUAGUCAUGAUGAUCUUGAAACUAUUGGUGACAUGGUCCAGGACAUGUGAGUAUUCAUGAGCAUCCAUGAGCUUGAACCAGAAAACAUUGAAUGACCUUUUGAUGCCAAGCUAGCCACAGAACUAAUUGAGAAUAUUGGAGAAUAUGAUAAGCUCAGAGGUCACUUCUCAGCAAAUAUAGCUGAAAGUGUAAACAAUGCCAAAGCUUUUGUAGUAAAAGGAGAAUUUUCCUUAAUGCUUGGUGAUAUGGCAUCAGUAAAGAAGAACUACACCGUAGUGCAGCAAGAAAAUGGAAGUUUGAUAGGUGAAUAUCUCCAAAGAAGGAAUAACCAUGAAGAACUUGUAAAAUCUCUAAAAGAGUUAAACAAUUUCAUUAGAAAAGCCUCGAAUCUAAGAUUAGGACCUUCUAAAGGACUCAUUGUGUCAAAGAGCAGAGAAGCGAUUAAAGCUAAGAAGACAAUAGACGUAGUGAAAAUAUGUUUAGGGAAUGGUCCAAAAUUCUAACUAAAUUUCAACAUUGUGUA